GGAGGGGAGUCAGGUCCAGGAAGGGGGUGAGUAACUGGAUCCUGUGCUGCUGUUUUUCAGGAAGACCAAAAUGCUACUCACUUCACUUUGGAAUCCUUCCCCUCAUAGUGGUUGCCUUGGUCUUCUUUGGCUAUGGGUUCCCGAGCCACAGAAGCCAGGAACUGGGAGACUCAGAAUCUGUGACUAGGAUGGCCUAUGCCCAGCCACAGGUGCUAACACCCAGUAGGAAAGAUGUUCUUGUCCUGACCCCUUGGCUGGCUCCCAUCAUCUGGGAGGGGACCUUCAACAUCCACAUACUGAAUGAGCAGUUCAGGCUUCGCAACACCACAAUUGGACUGACGGUGUUUGCCAUCAAAAAGUAUGUGGUGUUCCUGAAGCUGUUCCUGGAGACGGCAGAGCAGCACUUCAUGGUGGGACACAAGGUCACCUACUAUGUCUUCACUGACCAUCCAGCUGACGUGCCGCAGGUGCCCCUGGGUGCAGGACGGAAGCUGGUGGUACUAACUGUGCGCAACUACACCCGCUGGCAGGAUGUGUCCAUGCACAGGAUGGAGAUGAUCAGCCACUUCUCAGAGCGACGCUUUCUGCAUGAGGUGGAUUACUUGGUGUGUGCAGAUGUGGACAUGAAGUUCAGUGACCACGUGGGUGUGGAGAUUCUCUCAACACUCUUUGGUACCCUGCAUCCUGGCUUCUACAGGAGCAGCCGAGAGGCCUUUACCUAUGAGCGGAGACCACAGUCCCAGGCCUACAUCCCCUGGGAUAAGGGUGACUUUUACUACAUGGGAGCCUUCUUUGGGGGGUCAGUGUUGGAGGUGUACCAUCUCACCAAGGCCUGUCAUGAGGCUAUGGUGCAGGACAAGGCCAAUGGCAUUGAGGCUGUGUGGCAUGAUGAGAGCCAUCUGAACAAGUACCUGCUAUACCACAAGCCUACAAAGGUGCUGUCCCCAGAGUACAUGUGGGACCAGCAGAUGCUGGGCUGGCCCUCCAUCAUGAAGAAGCUGAGAUAUGUAGCUGUGCCCAAGAACCAUCAGGAAAUCAGGAACUGAUAGCUGAAAUCCUAUUGGAGAGGCCAGACC